AUGUCAUUGAGAUCCACCAGUAAUGGCAGCGUCCACGGCCUCGUCUACUCGUUAGUGCCAGCUCAGCCUCUUCCAGCAGUAGAUCUGUCCAAGUCGUUUCGAGGGCGGCUUCUCCCAGGGUUUAUCCACCACACGUAUAUCCGCCGAAGAUAUUCGAGAUACUACCGCCAGAUCCUGCUAUGCGCUACCGUGUCGUACUGCUCGGGUUUCUUGGUGCCGCUAGUCCCGGCGUCUACAGGGCGCGUGUUCGCGUUUUUAGCCUUUUUCCUGUGGAUGCCGUCAGGAUUCGGUAGCGUCACUACUUUGCGGUACGAUAUCGUGCGCUUGGUGUGUCGAACGUUUGAUUUCUGGUUCUUCUCUACGAUCACAAGUGUGAUCGUCGUCACGAUUUCCAUGUACUUUUCGGAUUUACGCUGGCUCCGGAUGAUCAUCGAAUGGCUUCGACUUCACCAUGUCAUAUUUAUCGACGCUCAUGUGCUCGGCCUGAGGAGCCUCAUCUAUAUUCUAAUCUUCGGUAUGAUAUCGCUCGUCACCGUCCUCGUCUGGAUAAUGUUGGGGCGGGUAGAUGGAGGUUCUACCUUCACGGUUGUCAAGUACGGGAACGAGCAUGGCGGUUUUGAGCUCUCAGGGCUGGAUGUGAUUGGGAAUGGACUAGCGUCGCUUGCGCUUCUCCUGGCUAAAAUCAUCUUUCGGAGACGGAAGACGCUUCGAGUACGACGGAAAAGGUCUUCGUCACUGGUUGAAUAUAAUUCAGCACUUGAUGUUUGUCAGUUGCUGGUAUCAUGGGUUUCGUUGCUGUGCACACUCACGUUUACGGUCUCCUUUGCUGUGUUCUACCAACGGCAGCUGCUUCGACUACUCUUCUCCUCCUUCGACUUUAUGUUCUACUCAUUCCAAGUUACGUCGUCGUAUAUCUGCGUAUGCAGCUUAUACGACUGGGAGUUACCACAAUGCCUAAUGGCGUUAUCGUGGUGGCUAUGGGCCCACUGGAUCUUUACCCUGGAUGCCUUGACCCCGACCAUGAGGAGUAUGCUCAAAUUCCGCGUCCGGUACGCUGCCCCCGUUCUGUGUCUGCUGCUGAUCGACCACGUAGGGCUGGUCUACCAGAUUUUCUUGGUCGGUGACACUACUCGGUGA